AUGGGUAAAUCAAAAAGGACGAUUGAUAAUGAGAUUAAAAAUGCUGUGAAUGAAUAUAAAAACGAACCCAACCGUUAUGUGAUGAUUAGUAAAAAAAUAGGUAAAGGAUUUACCUCAAAACAAAUUCGUCAACGUUGGUUGAGUCAUCUCGAUCCAAGUAUUUGUCACGAGGAACUCAACGAGGAUGAAAAAAAUUACAUUAUCGAAUGGGUUAAAGAUUAUAAAAAUAACAAUUCAUCUGAUAAAAUUUGCUGGACAAAAUUAAUUUCAGAGAUGAACAGUAAAUUCGGUAAAUUGCGAUCGGAAAAUAAGCCACCUUCUGCAUCAGGAUUGUUUACUUGUGGUCAGCUAGAAAAAUAUUGGUCUAAAAGGCAUAAUAUCAACCUUGGUACUUGGGUAUGA